AUGGAUUGCCUGGAGGAGGAGUUAACCUGUGCCAUCUGCUACAGCAUCUUCGUGGACCCCCGAGUGCUGACCUGUUCCCACACCUUCUGCAGGAAUUGCCUGAAAGGUCUCAUUGAGCAGCUGGACAACUUCUCCCUCUGGAGACGCCUCAAGUGUCCAAGCUGCAGGACUCUGGUGGAAAUUCCUGCAGCUGGAGCAGAAUCUUUGCCCAUCAACUUUGCACUGAAAGCUGUGAUAGAAAAGUGGCAACAAGAAGGUCCCUCUGGUGUCCCAACCUGCCCUGAACACCACAAGCAACCACUGAACAUCUACUGCCUCUUGGAUAGGAAACUGGUGUGUGGGCAGUGCCUCACCAUAGGGCAGCACCAUGGGCAUCCCAUAGAUGACCUCCAAAGUGCCUACCUGAAAGCCAAGGAGACUUGUGGGAAGCUCCAGGAGGAGCUGCGUGACAGACACUGGAAACACGUGUUCCUGCGUUACAUGCUGCUGAAGGAGCGCAAGUGCCAGUGUCAGACCGCCGUGCUGGGAGAGAAGGAGGUGGUGGUGCAGUACUUUAAGAAGCUCAGUGACACCCUGGAGCUGAAAAAACAAGCUCUGCUGACGGCACUGGAUGAGCUCAACAGCCACAUCAUGGAGGAGUAUGAGCCACUCAUCGAGCAGGUGCAAAACAUGAAGCUGGAACAGAUUAAACUGUACAGCCUGAGCUUAGCCCUUCUAAAGGAAGAGUCUCCCCUGGCUUUCCUGGAGGGGCUGGAGCGGCUGCAGCAGCGACUUCAAGCCCUGAGGCAGAAGGAACUUCCAGCUGUUAAAUCUCUGGAGAUUUACCCAAGGAUGAGGAAUGUGCUGGAGGACUUGUGGGCCAAGACCAAAAUCAGUCAGAUCAGUGACAUCUUCACUCCCACACUAACACUGAUUCCCCAGAGGAAGACCUGCAGCAAAUGCCCUGGAAAGAAUGUAAGAGGAUCUAAACGUGUACCUCAGGUGCAGCUCAAGGCUGUGAACCUUCCUGCAGUCCUGCUGCUCUGUGUGGUGCUGACGGUGACAGUGUAUUCCCUGCACAAAGCAGUGGAGCACUGGGGAGUGAGCUCUGACUUCUUCCUGAAUCGUUUACCUGUAGUGAAAACAGAUGCACUGCAGGAAGUGCAAAUUUACAUUCAGCUUCUCAGCACAAACACCAGAGAGUUUAACCUGGAAAUACAGGGAACAGGAUGGAGUUUUCACUCUGCCUUCAGGUGCUCACUGACACCACUGGCUGCUUGGGAGCUGCUCCAGGCUGAACUGAGCAUGUUUUAG